AUGGCACUUAAAUUCGCUGAAGGAUGGGCUCGAUUCAUUCCCAUGAUCGGGUACCACCACGUGUUGAUGGUUAUUAUCGCUGUGGCUAUUAUCUUACUAUCGCUCUUGUUGGCUGGAUGUUCAUCUUCUUCCCCGCAAAUCCCCAGUAUCUUCCUCAUCUCGCUCUACUACGAAAAGUACUCCCCGAUCAAGGACACCGCACAGGUCGAUGGCGGUCUGGUCCAAGCCACUGCCAACAUCGUCGGUGGUGCCGAGCUGGAAGUUCGGGUCGGCUACUUUGGUAUCUGCGUUCAGCCUGACGGCGGGUCGUACAUUUGCAACUCCAACGCCACGGCCCUGGCCGAGAUCGUCACUGUGGACCAAGAUCCCCUCAACUUGAUCUGGGUGGCAUCAACAUUCAAGGAUGCAGUAGUGUUCCCGUACCUUCUCAUUGUUGCGGUUGUCCUCGCAUUCUUUUGCUUCAUCCUUCUGGCGACUUUCCCCGGCUGGCACGAGGAGAUCGAUGACUCCGGCUCCGAGCGUGAAGUCAAGCCUUUCCCGUCACGACCUGUGUCACAGGCCGCCCUCGCCCUGAUCUUUGUUGCCUCUGUGUUUGUGCUUGUCUCUGUACUAUGGCAACACACGGCAUCCGUCGCCGCCAGCACCAUUGCACAAGAUAUGGGCAAUGCCAGCGUCAAGAGUGGAGUCGGCACCUCAGCAAUGGUGCUGGGUUGGUUUGGAUUUGUUUUGAUGGUCAUCGUCACCGUUGGGUUAUUGGUCAUGAUCCUCAGCAUCAGGCUCAUCCGCAAGUUGACCGACGAAGAAUGA